UUUUUGUUUGAUUUUCCCAUGGAUUCCGGCGAUUUUUGUUUUUUAAUUGUCGGCAAAGUUCGUUGCUUUAUUGGAAACAGUUCAUUUCUGACAGGGAGCUGUAAGCUGAUGAUGGGUCUUGGCUUAUUUUAAUCGUGGUAGGGUCUUGGGCUUGAUGGGUGGGGGGUUGGCUCAAUUAUUGGGGGGGUGUUUGGGUUCUCUUGUCUCGAGAAGAUUCGGUCUUGAGGUUUCUGGGGUUUGCUUGCUUCUGUCAAUUGGUCUCCGACGUUUAUGUUCUGUUGAAUGAAUUCCAGUUCAAGGUUUAAUCGAAUUCUCGAGCUGACUCCAUGGAUUCUCCUCAGUCCGUAGUCUCGUCGUUCAAGAGCUCUGUUGUCCCAGAGGUCCAGAAGCAGCCUUCCGACUUCUUCGCCCGGAACUCGGCCCAGCUUACCGAGGAGAUCGAGUUCAAUGGGAGUGGCAUGGAAGGUGCCAAUGGAGGCUCGGACAGCUUCAUUGGGUCUCUCGAGGUUUACAUCCACCAAGCUCGUGACAUCCACAACAUCUGCAUAUACCACAAGCAGGAUGUGUAUGCUAAGCUCUGCUUAACUAGCGAUCCCGAGAACACGGUCUCGACCAAAAUCAUCAAUGGUGGAGGGCGGAACCCUGUCUUUAAUGACAACCUUCAGCUCAAUGUCCGGAAGGUGGACUGUUCCCUCAAGUGCGAGGUAUGGAUGUUGAGUCGGGUGAAGAACUAUCUUGAGGACCAGUUGCUUGGAUUCGCUCUGGUUCCGCUGUCUGAGGUCAUUAUGAAAAAUGGCAAGUUAGAGAAGGAGUUCUCCCUCUCUUCGACCGAUCUCUUUCACUCACCUGCGGGGUUUGUUCAGCUUUCACUUUCGUACCAUGGAGCUUCUCCUGAAGUGAUGGAAAUAACGCCAUUGCCCUCUACUGAUGUGACUACUCAAGAAUCUGAGGCAACUGAGCCGACCCCGAGUGAGUUUGACAAGAUUGAGUUCCCAGAUCCGAAGAUUGUGAAUGAGAAUGAGAUGAUGGUCUCGGAGUACUUUGGGAUCCCGUGUGAGAGUUUGGAGUCCGAGACCUCUGAGAGUUUGGUCACUUCUGAUGCUGAGAAUCAGGUCCACUCGGAGGAAAACUCUGCAAAGGGAGCCUUCAAAUCAAUACAACCGCCUGAGCUUGAUUCUCCCCCGAGCAGUGUUUCGACCAAUGGGGUUUCCUCUCCCUCUGUUCCUGCAAGCUCUCAGUCCUCGGAAACGCCAGCUGCAGCAGUGAAGUCUCCGACUCCAAGUGAGGAGCAUGAGUCUAAGUCUUCGAAUGUGGCCCAGAAGGAUCACACUGGGGAUAGUGAAUCCUCAGUUGGGAUCUCAAGCAGUCCAAUUGCGAAGCCUGUUAUCACUGUAAAUCUCGAGCCUGAGAAGAACGCAGUUCAGCAACAGGACAUAGUGGACAUGUACAUGAAGAGCAUGCAGCAGUUCACCGAGUCUUUGGCGAAGAUGAAGCUACCUAUGGAUAUAGAGAGUGAGAAGGACAGCCCAGGAAAGAGCUCAAGCUCUGAAGAGAAGCUGCAGCAGGCCUCAAAGAAUAAUGGGUCCCGCGUGUUUUACGGGAGCAGGGCCUUCUUCUGAUCCUUUAUCUGAUCUAUCUAUGUACUGUCCUGAGACGGAAGACUGAAGACUGAAGAGAAGACACACAGGUGACUGAAUUAGAGUGAAUGUAAGACUAAUGCUAGUAGUAGUAGUCUGUCUGUAAUAACUUGUUAUGUUGGGUGUGGGAGUUUUUGGAUCCUUUGUAUGUGGAGGAUGUUUAAACGCGACCGAGAUCAUGACAUGUUGAUGUAUCUGUUAUGAUUUACGAGCCGUGAAUGUUGUCUACUUGUAUAAGAACCAUUCUCUUUUCGACUUUUCAUUCCA